GUGAAGUUUCUCAGAAGUUUCUUUGUUGACUUUAAACUUUUCCGAAGUUAUACGCGCCGCGAGUUCUCGUCGCUUUCGUGUAUGAUAUAUGUGUCAAGAAAAGUUUGCUCAGAAAAUAGUAAAACUUAGAAUUUUCGUCGCCAUUUUAUUUUUUGUCGCGCUGGAAAAGCGGCCAUUUUCUUUGUGCCGCGUCGCUUACGACGGCUCGUAUGCGGUCCCUAAAGUUAAUUUAGUUAAGUCGGGGCGUGAUCUCAUCGUAUGAAGUGAUUCGGGCAGGCGGGCGCGGCGAGCGGCACGACGGCAUCAUGGACGACGACCAACAGUUCUGCUUGCGGUGGAACAACCAUCAAUCCACCCUGGUGUCCGUGUUCGACACCCUGCUAGAGAAGGGCAUGCACGUGGACUGCACCCUGGCAGCCGAGGGACAGACGCUCAAGGCGCACAAAGUGGUGCUGUCCGCGUGUAGCCCCUACUUCGAGAGUGUACUAUCACAACAAUACGACAAGCAUCCAAUAAUAAUAUUAAAAGACGUGAAAUAUGCUGAGCUGAGAGCCAUGAUGGACUACAUGUACCGCGGCGAAGUGAACAUCUCGCAGGACCAGUUGGCCGCGCUGCUGAAGGCAGCAGAGUCGUUGCAGAUCAAGGGCCUGUCGGACAACAAGCCCACGCGACCGCCGUCCCGCCCGCCGCCGACCGCCGCCGCGCACCCGCCACGCGUGCCUUCGCCCCCGCCACAGGCCCGAGAGGGCAGCGCGGAGAGUCGCGAAGGCUCAGUGAGUCCGAGCCGGCGCCGGAAGAAAGCGCGGCGCAUGUCGCGCUCGCCCGGAGCCCCGAGCGUGCUGCCCGCCGCGCUGCCCGCCCUGCCCGCGCUCCCCGCGCACCCCGCGCUCCCCGCGCACCCCGCGCUCCCCGCGCACCCCGCGCUCUCCGCCGAGCCCGCCGGCAACGGCGACGAGCCCGCCUGCAAGACCGAGGCCUCGCGCGACGGCGUCGAGGACCUCACGCUCGACGAGGAGCCCGACGACCACGCCUCACAGGGACACAACGACGUUGUACGCAAUUUCCAAUGGCACAUGGAAAGAUCUCAAGAUGAAAUAAUGAAUUCGAGCGACAGCGUCCGAGAGUCUCAAGAAUCGCACAAGGAUAGUCAGCUGCCGUCGGCGCUGCUGUCGCUACUGUCGGUGCAGUCGCAGUCGCUCGCCUCGCUGGUGCCCCCCUGCAUACAGCUCACUAACAUCAAGCCGACAGGCGGCAAAGAGCUCACCCCGUACCCUGCACAGCUGCACCUGCCCAAACUGCAGAUAGACUCGCUCACCGCCAUCCCGGACAACAUAAAGGCGCACCUGCUGCAGCAGGCGUUCAUACAGAACAACAACACGGUGCAGCUGGCCGGCAAGCAGGAGGAGCAGGAGUCGGACGGCGAGUAUGACGACACGGACGACAUCGUGCUGCCCGAGGAGGGCGACGCGUUCUACGAGCACGGCGCGCUGCCCGCCGAGUUCGAGGUGAAGCCCGAGCCCAAGUGCCUGUACAAGCGCGAGGCGGGCGGCAACAGCUCCGACGACGCCAGCCGCCAGUUCGAAUGCCGGCACUGCGGCAAGCGCUACCGCUGGAAGUCCACGCUGCGGCGCCACGAGAACGUGGAGUGCGGCGGCAAGGCGCCUGCGCACCAGUGCCCCUACUGCUCCUACCGCGCCAAGCAGCGCGGCAACCUCGGCGUCCACAUCCGCAAGCACCACAGCGCCGAGUGGUACAUGUACGCCACCAACAAGGUGCGGCGCAACAAGAAGACCUCCAUCUAGGGCGGCGUGCCGACACCGAGUACUAUACACCAAAGUAGAUACCUAACCAAAUCGGUACUGCAAUAUAUUUUUAUUUAUAUUUAAAAUAUUUUUUGUUGACGAUAUUUUAAUAUACACUAAACGAGUAGUUUGUAAUGUGCACAUUCCCUAACGGCAUUAGAAAUAAUUUUGUUGUUUUUUUUUGUUUUAGAGUUUAUUGCGGUAGUUAAGACUGACCCUAAGUAUUUUAUUCAGAGGAAAUAUGACCUAAGGUCAAAUAUUUAUAGAAUUAUUUACAACAAAAAAAAUUGUCUUCAAAUCGCGCUGAUGUGUAGUUUGUCCACAAAUGCAUUGUUCGCGUGGACAAUGAGCACCACUUGAGUGUGGCGUCUCAGUUAACAAGGGUCUGCUAUUACUAAUAGAAUUCACAUUCUUCGCAGACCCACUGAAUCGGCAGAUUGAUCCAUUUAAAGUCAUUCGAAGCUAUUUCCUUUUAUCUCGAAUUUGCUUAGUUUUAAUUACCUAUCAUUCCUCAUGAGGAAUAAUUCCAAAAUUAUUUAGUGCAAUGAUAUUAAGGUGUAAUUAGUUGAUAUUUAAUAAUGAACCUGUUUUGCAGGUUUUAUUUAAUAACUGUUAUCCACCACGGGUAGAAUGUUUAACAAUGUUGGAGGUCAUAGCAUAGUCUUCCCAUCUCUACCUAGUUAUUGUUCUUGUUUGUAAUUUAUUAAUCUUGGUUUUUCUAUUUAAGUAUAAGGGACCAUUACCUUGUCUUCCUAAUUUGUUUUAUUUUUUGUAGCAAACCCAAAGUUUAUGUUAUUUUAAUGUUGUUUAUUUAUUAGGAUAAUUAAGAGCCAUACGGCCACAUUAAGUUGUAAUAUUGUAAAUCCUAAAGAUAAGUGAAUUGAUAUUAAAAGAUCCAGCCCACAGAGUUAUACAACUCAUGAAUUGAACCAAAAUAUUAUUAUUGGUGUUAGACACAUAAAUGGGCAAGAUAUAUCUUUAAAAAUAAUUCACUUUAUCCUGUAGGAUAUUAAUAAAAAGGUUAUUCAAAAAUAAUCUAUGAAGUGAAAACUGAGUCACCAUUUAUCCACAAUGAAGAAGGGAACAUUAAUGAAACACAAUGUUUACUGUGGAGUUGCAAGUGAAAAGGGACUUGACAAGAUUACUUCUGAAUAACUGUACUUCAGUGGAUGGGAGGCAGCGGCUGCUCAGAACUGCUCCCGUGCAUUUUGAGGUAAUCAGGAGAAUAAUUCUGGACAUUAGAAACAAAAAACUCCACCGAUAAAUUUCAUGGUUUCACCUUCUAGUUUCGUUUUAUCGAUAGUGUUUCAAAAAGGUUUAUCUCGUAUAAAACUUGCUAGUGUUGAUAUUCUAUACUACAUAUCUGAUAUUUGAUAAGUGUUUCCAUCUAUUAAUGUUCAGAAUUAUCUUCCUUUUAUUAUAAUUAGAGAAAAGCUCAUCAUGUGCCUACAAUGUUACCUGUAGUUUAGUGACGUACUUUAUAUAUACCACGAUAUUUCGCAUGUCAAAAUAUGUGUUCAAAAUUUGUAAAAAAGAUAUUUAUAAUGAUAUUCAAAGGCAAUAAUUUUCACGACUAAUUUAUUCGACUGUUGAUUUUUAAUAUACGUUAUUUGUUAACCUAGUAUAUACAAAGCUAUUUGACCAAAGUCAGUAUUAGUGUUUUAACGUGAUGAUAUAUAAAGGGGUGUUUAUAUUACGUUGUUACAACAUGCGGUCAUCAGCUUAGCGGAACUGUUGACCGACAUGCUAUUUACCACUAUGUUGCAAGAUGAAAAACAUAAACAUUGUUUGUUAAUGUUAUUGGAAAAAAUAGGUAAUUGUUUAGUGUGAUUUUUAUAUGAAUAUAUUUGGGUUUACUUGGUUAGAAAAGUUUAAAUAUAGAUAUACUAUAUGUAACUGUGUUUUCCUUGCUUUUAACGGACAUUUUAUCCCCGCCUGUUUUACUGUGUUUUAGUGAACUGUUCGUUUAGGUAAGUGAGUAGAAAGUAUUAUGUUCCUUAACAACGGCAUGCUGCAUGGUUUUUUGACCGGGAUCAUUUUUCAAUUCACAGCUUGCAUUCCCAUCUUUGCAUGGUGCAAUUUUGUUUUUUUUUUUCUUUUUCCUUUUUCGUUCAUACUAAUAUAAUUAAUAAUUUCAGGUAGCCAAGAAAAGCCCAUGGGUCGGGAGACUACAUUUCAUUAACAAAAGUUUAUUGUCAAACACAAAAAAUGACGUGUGACUAAAACCAGUCGGUAUACACGAUGCGGUUUUAAAUUCUUGUUUGUGGUGCCGAAUCAUUCGGUUUAGAAUUUCGCUGUCGAAGCAAUAAUCACUUUAUAUCGAACUGUUAAAAAAAUAUAAGGAAAACAAAGACACUUCUUGCAUAAAAGAUUUGAAAUGUCAAUAAUAAACGUUAUGAUUUC